CCCUCCAGACAGUCUCUGUAGCUCUGCCCAUAAGCACAGUUGCAGCCUCCAGGAGGAGAUGCCAUGACCUUCACCUUCACAGCCCUGAUCUAUAUGGGACUGAUUCUGGGCCUCAGAAUCCCAGUGCUGGAAGGUGCUCUCCCUAAGCCUAUCCUCAUGGUACAACCAGACUUUGUGGUCUCUGCACAGACUACAGUGACCUUCUUGUGUGAGGGGACCACAGGAGUCAAAGAGUACAGUCUCUACAAAGAUGGACACAAAUAUUUAAGGCACAUAGAGAUUCCACAGAAUCCCAAGACCAAGACUGAAUUCUCAAUCGCAGAAAUAGAUCACCGCCAUGCAGGGCGAUAUCGCUGUCAAUAUCAGACCCAUGAUGGAUGGUCAGAGUACAGUGACUCCCUGGAGCUAGUGGUGACAGGAGUCUACAGUAAACCCAGCCUGUCAGCCCAGCCGAGCCCUGUGGUGACUGAAGGAGGGAAUGUAACCGUCCAGUGUGUCUCAGGGCAGUCAUAUCACAGGUUUGUUCUGAUGAAGGAAGGACCUCAGAAGCUCUCCUGGACACUGGACUCACAAUAUAACUCCCAUACUAGAGAGUACCAGGCCCUGUUCUCUGUGGGCCCUGUGACCUCCAGCCAAAGGUGGACAUUCAGAUGUUACAGCUUCAACAAGAACAGUCCACAGGUGUGGUCAGAACCUAGUGACCCCCUGGAGCUCCUGGUCUCAGGGACCCUCCACAAACCCACCAUCAAGGCUGAGCCAAGCUCUAUGGUCUCUUCCGGGAGUGCUGUGACCAUCUGGUGUCAGGGGACCCUGGAUGCAGAAAUAUGUGUUCUGCAUAAAGAGGGAAGCCAAAAACCCUGGGGCACACAGACCCCAGAGAAGCCUGAGAACAAGGCCAAGUUCUCCAUCCCUUCUGUGACACAGCAACAUGGGGGACAAUAUCGCUGUUACUGUUACAGCUCAGCUGGCUGGUCAGAGCGCAGUGACACCCUGGAAAUUGUGGUGACAGGAAUCUACUACUACAAUAAACCCAGCCUGACAGCCCUGCCCAGCCCUGUGGUGACCUCAGGAGGAAACAUGACUCUCAAGUGUGUCUCCCAGGAUGAAUAUAAUAAACUCAUUCUCACCAAGGAAGAUCAGAAGUUACUCAGCUCUCAGAACUCACAGUAUAUACACAGUAUUAUGCAGUACCAAGCCUUGUUCUCUAUAGAUCAUGUAACACCAGACCACAGAGGGACAUUCAGAUGUUAUGGUUACUACAACCAAACUCCACACUGGUGGUCAGUACCCAGUGAGCCCCUGGAAAUAUACACCUCAGACUCAGAGAUCCAGGAUCACACAGUGGAGAAUCUCAUCAGGAUGGGGUUUGCUGUCAUGAUCCUCAUAGUCCUUGGGAUUCUGGUCUUUGAGGCUUGGGGCAGCCAGAAGCGGGCCCAACGUGCAGCUGAGAAGUAAUCAGAGAAGAAAGAAGUAUACCUCAAGGUUCCAGAGUCUGGGAAAUAAAUGUGACAAUCCCAAGAAUUCUGUAAGAAAAUCCAGUUCUUACACUGAGGAACUGGUGAGAGAAUGUCCAUGGAGCAAAUGUGUUUUGGUGCAGAGUAACCUUGGGUGUGAUGAGAUCCUUCCUCAGCAAUGAGUUUACAUCCCUCCACCUACUGUGGGUGUUUGCUGACUGAACCAACUCCUUUAUUGAUCUAUAUAGUGAGGGAAUAUCCUGUCCCAUCUGCCUGGCUUAGCUCCUCAUUUCUGUACAUUUUUUUCUCCCACUCCCAUGUGUCAUUUUAAUAAAUUGUCAUAUUCUCUGUGG